CAGCGUGGAACGGGGGCGACGAGGGUCGCAGGGUCGCCGGCUCCCCCUUCCCCCGCCGGGGCCCCCACGGCACAGGGGGCCGAACAGAAGCCCCCAGCGUCCAGGGCCGGGGGAGGGUCCGCCUGCACCCCCGGGCCCGCGUGGUCCGGCCCUGCAGGGCGGGAGGCGCGGCGCGGGGCGGGGCCGGUGACGGGACGCGGAGACCCCGCGGGCGGCGGGAGGGGCGCGAGGCGCGCGUUUGCACCCGAGCCCGGCCCGCGCCCCGCUGCGGAGCGAUGCCCCUCGGCCUGGCAGCCCCCCGCGAGCACCGCGCUGGAGACGAAGCCCGCGCGUGACCCCGCUCCGGGUGACCUCAAAGCAGCAGCUCUGAAUUCGCCUCUCAUCUGACGACUGACCGCUGCUGCCGCCGCCAGCCUCUGUCCCCUUCCCGGGCCUGUCACACGGCUGCCUCUCAGCAGGGGCAGUAGAAUAAAAGAGGGCAUGUCUAAUAACAGCACCACUAGCAUCUCCCAAGCCAGGAAAGCUGUGGAACAGCUAAAGAUGGAAGCCUGUAUGGACAGGGUCAAGGUCUCCCAGGCAGCUGCGGACCUCCUGGCCUACUGUGAAGCUCACGUGCGGGAAGACCCUCUCAUCAUUCCAGUGCCUGCGUCAGAAAACCCCUUUCGCGAGAAGAAGUUCUUUUGUACCAUUCUCUAACUUCAUGUGUGAUGAAAACGCCUCCUUUUCUGACCUUCGAAGUCCCCUGUAGAGACCAUGCAUGCUCUAAGCCUUAGGGAGUGAGACCAGCACCCAUCCCUGCCCAGCCAAUGGUGGCCGGGGCUUGUCUUAUGUUUUCAUCUGUUUACUUCGUGGCAUUCAAUUUCAUUUUUUUCCUUUUCAUUUUCAUGUUAUUUUCAUUAUUGGCAAAGAAAAUCAAAAUUUUUAUAGCCAAAUAACAAAUGUGCCAUGUAAAAAUAAGUCUGGAGUUAAGAGUUUAAAAUUUUUAAACAUCAAUUUCCAAGUUUAUUUCAUAUGAAUACAUUUCAGGGGAUAACUUAUUUAAAAAAAAAUGCCUAAAUAUCUUUUAUUUGCAAUAUUCAGUAUCAAAUUAGAGCAUUUUGGCCAACUGAAACAUAUAACGUUCUCAUCUCCUUUCCUGGAGAAAGCAGCUGCAGAGGUUCUCUAGUUCCUGCAUUUCCAUCAUCCUAGUGAAAAGACGACCCACAGGAUUGGAAUGGUUUUCUUUUGUUUGUUGUUGUUGUUGUUGUGGUGGUGGUGGUGUUGAGACAGAGUCUUGCUCCGUUGCCCAGGCUGGAGUGCAGUGGUGCGACCUCAGCUCACUGCGACCUCCACCUCCUGGGUUCAAGCGAUUCUCCUGCCUCAGCCUCCUGAGUAGCUGGGAUUACAGGCAUGCACCACCAUGCCCAGCUAAUUUUUUGUAUUUUUAAUAGAGACAGGGUUUCACCAUGUUGGUCAGGCUGGUCUCAAAUGCCUGACUUUGUGAUCCACCCGCCUCAGCCUCCCAAAGCGCUGGGGUUACAGGCGUGAGCCACCGCGCCCAGCCGUGGAAUGGUUUUCUUAACGUAUCCUCCCGGGGCCAUGGUGGAUGUCCCUUGUUUCAGUGGUCCUGCAAAGAUAGAUGGUGGGCAGACACUGAAGUCAACUUGACUGUAAAAGUACCCCAUGCCGUUGAUAUCUGUAGCAGACCUGUGGGUGCAGUCUCCCCUCUCCAAAUGCCACCUCUUCCUGCUCCCUCCUCUUUUGGCUCCUACUUAGUAGUUCCAUUGUGGGCUGCAGUAAUAUAAGCACCUGUUCUGGACACAGCGCUGGGCCCGCUGGGGUUUUACUAGGGCAGUCCCUCCUCUGCAGGAGUGAGUCAUGGUGACAGCAGCCCCCUGUGUGCUCCCUAGUCAUCUGAGCAUUGGUGUGCAUUAAGGUACUUAAUCUUCCAACAAUAAAUACCAUAAGUGCAUGUCUGUUUUGUUUUAUUUUAUUCAUCUUUUUGAGACAGAGUCUUGCUCUGUUGCCCAGGCUGGAAUGCAAUGGCACAAUCUCAGCUCACUGCAACCUCCACUCCCAGGUUCAAAUGAUCCUCAUGUCUCAGCCUCCCUAGUAGCUGGGAUGACAAGCGCAGGCCAGCACAUCUGGCUCAUUUUUGUAUUUUUAGUAGAGACGGGCUUUCACCAUGUUGGCCAGGCUGGUCUCCAACUCCUGGCCUCAAGUGAUCUGCCCACCUCGGCCUCCCAAAGUGCUGGGAUUAUAGGUGUGAGUCAGUGCACCCGGCCAUAUGUCUGUUUUAGAGUGAGGGGAAACUGAGGCACAAAAAGUUUAUGUAGUUUGCCCAAGGUUACCCAUGGUAAGCAGAAAAACUGGGGUUUGAGGGCAGGCACCCGGCCCCAGAGUUCCCUUAGCCCCCUGAACUGUGCUACCUUCCAGGUCUACCUGUUUGCAGGUAGGGAGACCUGCAAACUAUCUUAACUGCACACCGUGAAGCAAACACCUUUUUUGCACCAACCCAUGGCACACUUCACUUCCCACGUUCACCAGGAGGAAGCCGAAUUCUGGCAGUUUAAGGAAGGUGAUUCAUGGAUGCCCCAAGGAAAGGCUAGACAUUGAUGAAUUAGCUCUUGGAUUGUCUAAGAUCAACCUGAAGGCCCUACCUAAACCAAACUCAUAUGACCCUGAUGAAAGAGGAGAAUACACUGUGGGAGCAGAGCUCUUUGCCUAAGUUUGUUCUAUUCUGUUUAUUUGGAAACUGCCUGUCUCCCUAGUUCUGACCAAGACUUGCUGUGUGAUACAGAGCAGGCCAUUGUGUGCCUGAAAUGUUCUAACCUGCAAAUUGGGCUUAAUGGUAAUUAUCCUGCCUUUCUGUCUGAGAGGAAACAGAGAUGCGACAUAGAUGAAAGCUCUGAUUAUCAUUUAAAACAAAUAAAUGUACUAAAUGCCAUGGUAUAAUAUAGGGAAGAAUGGAUGACUUCAAAGAGACCAUGGUUCUGUUAGAUGAAUAAAAUUGCCUGCAAAGAGGCACAUAUAAUUUUCAGAUCAAUUAAUGACUUGCUGCCCUCGUAAAUGGAUUUAGGACAUUUUUAUUCCUUGCUUCUUUUGUUAAAACCCAUUCUGAGUUUCAUUAUCAGCUCACUGAUAAUAUCAGUGUUGUUAAGAUGCUCAAACUAGAGCAGAAUUGUAUGCUGGAUGUGACGCUAAGACCUCAGAUCCUUUGAUAGUGCAGUUUAUGACCAGGAUCUCUUUAUUCUGUGGUUCACGCCAACAUCAUUAACCCGAUGAAGCAAAGCACAAGUCACAAAAGCACAUCAGAGAAGCUGAGAAAGUAGGACAGCACAGAGAGCAUCAAAAUCAGGUCAAAAAAAUGCUGCUUUCCUCUUCCACCAAACUUUCUCUGCGUUGUUUUUACAUGUCCCGUCCCUCCAGAUUCAGGCUCCCUUUUGUUCUCUCUCCUUUUCCUUUUCCUCCUCUCUUCCUUACCUCCCCCUAUGAGAUGCUUUUCUGUCCUUUUAUUGCACCUCUUCCAGACCUAUGUCAUUUUGAGAUGGGUCACCCUUCCUAGAGUGGUCGUGAACCCAGCUUCCACUUCUUUUUUUUGUUUUUGAGACAGUCUUGCUCUGUCGUCCAGGCUGGAGUGCAGUGGCGCCAUCUCGGCUCACUGCAACCUCCACCUCCUGGGUUCAAGCGAUUCUCGUGUCUCAGCCUCCCGAGGAGCUGGGAUUACAGGCACCCACCACCACACCUGGCUAAUUUUUGUAUUUUUAGUAGAGACAGAGUUUCACCAUGUUGGCCACGCUCGUCUCAAACCUUUGACCUCAAGUGGUCCGCCCGCCUUGGCCUCCCGAAGUGCUGGGAUUACAGGCGUGAGCCACCGCACCUGGCCUAGCUCCCUCUUCUUAGAUGCAGAUUUCUGCACAUGAGCUAUGAGAUCCACAGACAUGUCACUGAGCUCCCCCACUCUGUCAGUGGAAGAUGAAUGGAAUAAAGCCUGCUUGCAUUAUGGAGUGCAGCUGUGAGGACAGUUGUCAUUUUUGUGUUUUCAGCUUAACCGUCCAGCAUCUCCCCUCCCUUCCUAUAGCAGGGACAUCAUGCCUUAGAUAUAACCUUAGUGGUGUGUAGUACCCACCGUGGAAGCUGAAGAAGGGAGUUAUUCCCUGUCUCUCAGGCACACCCUGCUUCCAGCCCCAUACCAGUCGGGAAGUGGUCAUUGACCUGGGGUGGACUACCUGGACCCUUGCUUGGGGCUAUGAGCCUGGAGAAUGUGACACAGAAAUGAAGGGAUGCUGAGACUCAUUUCAAGGAAGUCACCGUGGUCCGGGGUUGGUAGUCAUCCAGUAAGGCAGUUGUCUAGGGCUGGCAGGCUGAAGGGAUGGUGUGUCCACUGGUAGCAAUGUCCAGGGAUGGCAGGGUCCUGGGAAUGUCAUUUCUGCUCCACUCACUGGACUUGCUGAGCUGUCUCUGCCUCCACCUAUCUUCCUACAGAUCUCCCUUCUAGUUUUCUGUCAAUUCUUUAAGCCAGCAAACUCCUUCCAGUACAUUCCUUAUUCUUUCAUGAAAUAGCCUGAGUUGGAUGUAAAUAUAUAUGACCUAACAAUCCCACCCCUAGGUGUAUACCCAACAGAAGUGCGUACAUGUGUUCAUCCAGAGAAACGCCCUAAAUCUUCACAAAAUCUCUCUCCAUAAUAACCCCAAACGGGAAAGCACCCAAAUGCCCAUGUUGGUUGGAUAAGCACAUUAGGGUAUAUUCACACAAUGGAAUCCCAGACUGCAAUGAGAAUGAGCUGCAACUCCACCCCCAGCUUGGAGUGUAUUCACCAACCUAGUGGUGAACAAGAUAAGGCAAAAAUGCACCAUAGGAUUCCAUUUAUAUAAAGUAUAAAACCCAAAACUCAUCCUUGUGGUUGCAAGUAGAGAUCAGUCCUAAGAAGAGAGUAACCAGAAGAGGGACAUGAGGUGCUGGGUGCUUCUGGGAUGUUCUGUUUCUUGAUCUGGUUGCCGGUUACCUGGGUGCGUUCCGUUUGUGAACAUUCUUGGAGCUGUACACUUUUGAUUUGGGCACUUUUCUGUGUGUAUGUUAUACUUUAAUAAAAAGUUGGGUUUUGUGACUUGCAA